GGACCUGGAGAGAGGGACUUCGACGCGACCUCCAAACGCGGGUACCGUUCUCCGCUCGCCGUUCGCCGUCUUUCUUGCUCCUGUCCGAUUCCCAUUUCCUAUAUUCGUUCGUACCCGGUGUUGCUUUUUACCUUUUUCUCCUUUCUUUUUCUCUCCUCCUUUUAUUCUCCUCCUCACUCCUUCUCAUCGUCAUCCUAGAUCCGAGAGUCAGAAGUGAGUUACUACUCUUGCCUUUCGUUGUGCGGCCCCAUCAUGACCUGCAUGAAAUUUAUUCGACGUAGGCUGGAAUAAUUACAAGUAUACCUGGACUGAACCCAUCGGGGAUAGGCGUGAGCGGUUUUUACCAUGAGUUUUGUACGAAAACCUAGUGGCGCGAAUCAGAUUCAGUCGAUCGAACUUCGGUAGUGAGGAGGAAUAGAUGAGACCUUCGGGCGGUACCGGGAGGCCGAGAAACGAAACGAGUCCCGGAACGAAAGAAUUUCUGUCAUACCCACAAAAAUAUCGAUUUCCAGGGGUGAGAACUGCGAGUCAAGGGAUGGAAAGUGCUCCCGAGGGUUCGCAGGCGAGCUUUGCCGCAGUCGAUAAAAGAGGGUCUUCGGAACACGCAAUCGUUUAUCGAGUCGCAAUCUUUCCGCAGUCCAGCUAGAAUAUCUUACGAAACUAGUUCCGCGAUCUUUUGACUAUUUGGCGAUGGAAGACUACCGUUAUCUUGUCAACAACUAUCCCCUGUCCCUAGGCUUCUUGCUCUCCGCAUCGACUGGCAAAAAAAUUAUCAAGAAAUGAUCUUUUUUUCUUCCGUUUGAAUACCGAAUACUACGUCUUAAAAAUUUACGACGCGAUGACUCAUUUACUACGAUUCCUGAUCAUCUCCAAGGUCAAUAUCGCGAUCGUAUACCUACGAUCGCCCGAGAGCGGAACGUACGUACGUCGUAUUUACGUGCAGCUUCGAAAGCACAGAUGUCGACGCGAAUAGGUCCAGCAUUUGUGCCGUGCCGGUAGCGCAUGCGUUUCAAAUUCAAAAGGGGUUUUUAUCUCGGUGCCUCUGGAUUUUCUGUUGGACAACGUUGAGUCAAUCCGUCGUAUUCGCGACAUCCGCGAGAAGGAGUAUCGCGCGGUUACCAGCCGACGAACGACACCCUCGACGUGCGAAACGAACGCGAAUUUUGAAAAACUUGCAAUAAAUUCAGUGAAAUGUCGGUGUUCUCGUGUUGCGUUCGCCGGUCGAAUCAUUCCGGAAAUGAAGCUGCACGGGAGCAGGAAUCUCUCGCCCUUGAGGCCCCGGAUAUUUCCUGGGAAAAUACCCUCGGGGCACCGGGUGGUAUUCCUAUAGACGACGAAACGAAGGAACUCCUGAAAAAAUGUCUAGACUUACCCGCCCCCGCCCCCGUCACCGUUGACGAACUCAUCUUGAAAAGCGACGAAUUCCCCAUAGCCAUUCCCGUGAAUAGCGUACGACUACGCAAUCUCAAGGAACGCGGAAUCAGCACCGACAUACUGGAGGUGAACGCGAACUCCACGUACCCGCUGAUUCACGAGGCGAUGCUCCCACUCAUAGCCGAUUGGCUGAAGUACAAAAGAACCUACGGAAGCGUCGUGGAAAAAACGAUUUACCAGAACAUGGGACUCAUCGAAUUCAUACAGCGUCUUCUGGAGCACAGAGCGGUCGCGUUUGUCGGUCCCAGGGACAGGUUUCUUCUCAUCGACAAGACUACCGGGGCCGAAGGUUGGGAAACAGUCGGUACCGAGCAGGAGAAGGAGCCAUUGGUACUGGCCAAGUGCCUUUCCUACGACGAAAUCAAACUCUCAGCGAUGAUCACGAUGUCGUCGCACACGGAAUUCAUAAACGACGGAUCUCGCGACAACAAGGGCGUCGUUACCAGCGACCCCGAAUCCGUGCAGCCGCGAGGCGUCAUCAUAGGUGUAGUCGGCUCCAGAUUCCAGCGGGUGGGUGUCAUGGAGUAUCAGGACAUCGUCAUUUCGCCGCUCCAGAAUAACAUGGACAACGGGUAUGGUCCAGCGACCGAAGGAACUACCGAAGAGAGACGUGGUCUUCGGGUCGCCUGGGCUCGGUUUUACGGCGAAGAAUACCUUCCGCUUUACGAGGAAGCGGUGAAGAAGUUGAAGUCCAAGGAGAACAACAGGUACAUGGUGGUGCCUCUGAUUUCGAGGCAGUACAUCUUCGACGUGGAGAACUACAUGAAGAGGACCCUGCUUUCGGUAGAAAUGAUACUGUUGGAAGCGAACUCGAGAGCCGAAAAACAGAACACAACGGCGUUCUUGCACGUCGUCGGUUUCGGUCUCGGAGUCUGGAGAACGCUUCGGGACCAGGAGGUUUACUUUUUGAAGACAUUUGAGAUCGCCAUUGGAAAGAUGAAGAAGAAACUGAAGUACGUUUCGGAUAUAAUGUUCGCCUACUUCAGACAGCAGAAGUGCGGAGGAGCGGGAAACGGAGAUUACUUGGGUGACAUAAAGGUUCACUUCGCCCUGAGGGAACCGCACAGCAGAUUAUUCCGGGCUGCUGACGCCAACAAACUUCUUGUGGUCACCUACGCCUGGGACGGAAAUGCUCUACCAGGAAACGAAUUUUGGUUCGGAUCGUUGGCGACAAGCAGCGAUCCGGCAGCCGCCGCUAGUACGCAGGUAGCCGAACUCCACAACGUCAGAAUAAAUUCUCGCGCCGCUGCCACGAGUCUCCACGUCGCUUCCCCGGAACACGGUAUUCUUCACAUAGCUGAAUACGUCAGACUCCAUCUUGCUUAGGAUAGGGUUGGUGGUCCGUCAUCGGCCAUCGCUCACAACAAAGAAUCGAAAUCACCGUGUAACCAGAGGAGGGAUACCGCGGAUAUUGAGUACCUGAAGACGUGCGCGGCCCGGAGGUUUGAGGAAAGACGUCACACCGAUU